AUGCAGAUCAACUUCAGAUAUAGAUGGAAAGCCACUGACCUCAACCCAGUCGGGAAACGGGAAGAGGGCCCAGCCCCAGGGCCCAUCACAAACCAGACAAACUUUCGGGGCACUCCAGACAUCCCUGAACCUACAGUGGUACCCUCAGGAAACAAACUAUCUAUCGAACAGCUUGUCCGAGCCACCCCAAACAGCGCCGGCUUGGACCUUUCCUCCAGACAAAGAAUAAUUCUAACCCCAGACAUGGGAGUGCAGCCAAUUGGCACAGGAGUAUAUGGACCACUCCCAUAUACAUGUGUAGCACUCCUAUUAAAAAGAAGCAGCACAGCCUUAAAAGGAUUAUUUGUGGUCCCAGGUGUCAUAGAUGCAGACUAUAAAAGAAAAAUACAAAUCUUAGCACAUAGCCCUCAAGGUAAAGAUGCUCCCGUUUGGGUACCUGUUCGCUGCAUUCGUUCUGUCAAUCCACCUGUGGAGGCCAGCACGAACAGAGAUAAACUGGGGAAUAGUAAGGACUCCGCCAGUGUUCCUGAUGGAUAUACAUACUGUGGGUCUUGUGCUGCUCAUGCUUACAAGCAAGUGGAUCCAUCUAUUUCCCAUAAGGAUGAGUUUACCAUUAUUCCUGUACUGGUUGGAGCUCUGAGUGAGUCAAAAGAACAGGAAUUCAGAAAACUCUUCAGUAAAUAUCUAGCAGAUCCUAGUAAUCUCUUUGUGGUUUCUUCUGAUUUCUGCCACUGGGGUCAAAUGUUCCAUUACAGUUACUAUGAUGAAUCCCAGGGGGAGAUUUAUAGAUCCAUUGAACAUCUAGAUAAAAUAGGUAAGAAUAUUAUAGAACAAUUAGACCCUGUAUCUUUUAGCAAUUACUUGAAGAAAUACCAUAAUACUAUAUGUGGAAGACAUCCCAUUGGGGUGUUAUUGAAUGCUAUCACAGAGUUCCAGAAGAAUGGAAUGAAUAUGAGCUUUUUUUUUUUUUUUUUGAAUUAUGCCCAGUCAAGCCAGUGUAGAAACUGGCAAAACAGUUCUGUGAGCUAUGCAGCUGGAUCACUCACUGUCCACUGA